AUGAUCCGCUCUAGACUCCGUCUGCGUGUAACCACUGAGCCACGGCGUUUGUUUGUAAAGACGUUUAGUUAUAUCUCGACAGACUUCAACCCUGCAAGAGCUGCCAAGAAAAAUUUACUCCAAAGCGACAAGAGUCAGGUUGUGCAUACAUUGAGUGGACACCUUACAUCAAAACAAGCGAUAGCUGGCAAUACUGUGGAGAAGCUAAGCGCUGGGCGAGUAGAGGUGGUGCGGGGUGGGGCGUGGGGCGGUUGGGGGCGUUCGGUGCAUCUGGGCCCGCUGCCUCCCGCUUACAACCUUGCACUAAGCGCAUCUACAUCAUCUUUAUCAAAUCUAACUGAAGUCACGGCCUGCGCAAGAGUCUCCCGCGGCGCUGCUCCGGCGUUGCAACUUUUUACCGACGCAUGCCCGGCUCGUGUCUUUUUGGCUCUUGCCGAUCGGAAUUCGUUGAGGGAUCGCCGCUGGCGGUGGCAGACGUCUUGUGACAUGUCGAUGACUACGUGCGCUGCGUACUUGCCAAUUAACCAGCCGUCUCACUUGGACCGCACCCCUGGAAUCUCCCAUUACACGAUGGGUUCUGGGGAGUGCUGUCUUUAUUCACAGAACGGCCGCGAAAUGCGCGACGAGGGAAAUGUGCAUGGGUUGCUUAAUUACUUGUCGCCGAAAAAGGUUAAUAUAGUGUCGUAA